CCCACCACCAACUCUUCUUCCCUCUUCGCCUCCUUCCAGCUCGAAAUCGAGAACAAGAACCGCCAAAUCGGCAUCUACCAUGACGAAAUCGCGCUAACCCUCCUCGCCGGCCCCAAUCUCUCCUCCCCACUCUCCCACUUUGUUGUCCCCGCCUUCUAUCAAGGCCAUCUCAAGACGGCCGAGAAGCCCGGUAACUUCAGCGGCAUCUCCGGCUGGAAUCGGACGCGGCUCGCCGGAGAGUCGGUGUUCCAUGUUUUGGCGAAUUCGGCGUUCCGUUUCAAGGUGCUGGGAUGGAAGAGUCGGCACCAUGCGGUGAGCGUUGCCGGCGAUGUGGAGGUUGAUGCUGACGGUAAGAAGACCGCGACGAAGGGUAUACGAUUGUCGUCUUCCGCCGCUGUGGUUGCUCCGGUUGUUCCGAGUACCUUUUUCCUUUAUGCUUUGCUGAUAUUGACGUGAUGCUUUAGGAUUGGGCGGUUGAAAUUGAAUCACAGCAGCUUUGUUUAUAGCUUUUGUAAAAAGAAAAAAACGUAAUUAUUUUUUUAAAUGCUUUGAUGCCCAAUCUAUAUAAUAUUAAAAAAAUAUGGAGAGAGAGUGAGAGAGAGAUC